UGUCAGUUCUUACUUCUUACUCGAUAUCGAAGUAUUUAAAACGAGUAAUAACUCUUUUAAACAGUCGAGUACUUGAUUAACGGUUUUGAUUAGACUUCUUAUUUCGAUUGCUGUGUGUUUGGUUUCCUAAUAUUCUACUUAAUUCAGAAAUGGCCGAGACACUAGAACAUUUGGUUGUAGACGGCAACGAGGUGCUAGAAAUAAAAUUAGUUAGGUCUGCAGAUGAUAUAGAAGACGAGCAGACAACAUUCGGUCCUGAGAUGUGCCAUCAAGUUUUUGGCGAAAACGAAAAUAUUUUUGGUUACACAGAUUUACAAAUUAAACUCUAUUACAGCGCUGCCAGUCUUCAGACAUAUCUCGGCAUCUCAUAUUCUGAUAAGAUAGAUCCAAAAAAAACAGGAGGUUUGAAGGCUGAUGAUAUUGAGGAAGCAUUGAAAAAAGUAUUGGCACCCGGUUAUGUGACAAAUUUAGAUGUAUUUGUUUCAAUGUUAGAAAAAGAUAAAAACUUCACACCACAUGGCAAGCUUAUCCAUACAUUUUCAACAAUACCUUGUGACGGCUGUGAAUCUAGAACGUUUGAAGUUUACUAUUCAGAGGUCACAACCCCCGGCUUCCUGUCGUUCCACGAACGAAUACAAACAUUCUUAUUGUGGUAUGUUGAUGGCGCGUCCUUCAUUAAUGUGGAUGAUGACCAAUGGACGUUCUUUACUGUUUUUGAGAAGUGUCGUAAUAGUGUGGGUGAAUAUCGUUACUCAGUGGCCGCCUAUACGACAGUAUUCAGAUACUAUGCCUACCCUAACAACGUUAGACCAAGGGUGUCCCAAGUGCUGACAUUGCCACCGUUCCGCAAGAUGGGGAUAUGCGCUAAUUUGCUACAGGCCAUCUACUCGCAUUUCAUAGCACAGCCGGAGGUAGUCGACAUAACAGUUGAAGAUCCAUCGGAAAGUUUCCAAAGAAUACGAGAUUUUGUUGAUGUUAAGAAUUGUGAAUCGUUACCCGCAUUCCAACCUUUGAAACUUUUACAAGGUUUCUCUCCAGAAAUGAUAAAUCAGGCUCGUAGCAAGUUUAAAAUUAACAAGAAACAGGCUCGUAGAGUGUAUGAGAUACUCCGUUUGAAGAACACUAACACAUCAGACAAGACAGCUUAUCUAACUUACAGACUGGAUGUUAAGAAUAGGUUGAACGCACCUUUUCAGAAAAAAAAGCUUGAAUUGAAAAAGCUCCAGAAGUUUUUAAAACCGGAGGAGUUUAUAGCUUCGGCGAAUGCCAGCGGGGCCGCGGAAACUCAUGCGCGUUUAGCGGCACACUACCGAGCGCUAGAAGACGAAUACCGCGCCGUACUGCAUAGAUUAGAAUUACAGUGAUUUUUUAAAUUUAUAUAUUAAAUUCGUAAUAAAUAUGGCGGCCUGUCACCGUAACAUUAAUGUCAUCUCCGGAUUAAAAGAUUGGUAUUAAAAUAACUUAGAUACAUGUGGUAUACACUGUUAUUACGAGUUUACUCAGGCAGACUGCACACGGGGCGAUGACGAACGGUUAAAUAAACGCUUCGUGUGUAGUUUGGCAUCGAAAUUUUUGGUAAGGAUAAAUAAUAGUUAGUUGAUAUACGAAUCUUCCGUCAAUGAUUUUUAUAGAUAAAGUGUGUUUGUUGAUCAAUCUGUUUUAGUCUGGCUCUUUAAAAAUAUAUAUUAAGGUUUUUUUACAUACAGUUUGCGUUAUUAUUAGAAUUUUACCAUAUCUCUGUGAGUAUCAAUAAUGUUUUAUUGAUAAUAUCUCUCAUAUUAAAUAUAAUUUAAAGUGGAUAGUUAAUUGAAUAUGAAGGUUGUCAGAUUAACUUGAAAACUGUCCUUUGUUUAUUUUUUUGUAAUGUUUAAAUAGAAACCGUAAAGCAAGAGAGAUAUCUGUGAAUUGUCUUUUUUUAUUUUGUUUAACACAUUGUUUAAGCGGUUACGUAUUUAUGAUGAAAAUUUGCAAUAAAUUAAUUUUGUCUCAAAAUUAUAUAACUGUAAAUUUCACACUGCCAAUUUUUAAUGGGAAGGAUACUAGUAAUUUGUGUUCAAUAACAGUGAAUGUAUCUCAACUUUAAUGUUAAUUUAUUAUAGAAUUUUUUUUUUCAGUUUCAUUUUUAUUUAUGUGAUUAUUAAAUGUAAAUAUUUGAGAUGCAAUUGGUUUAACCAUGAGUCGCGACUGAAUUUAUUGGUUUCUAAGUAUAUAUUUAUGAUUUUAAUUUCAGGUUUUGAACCAUAUAUGUUAAGUGAUUUAUCAUUUGUGAAACAGUGCCUUAAAUUCCUCUCGCCCGGAUACUAACAUUUCUUUUACAUGUUCUUGUGAUUAUCAAAUUUGGAUGUUUGUCAAAAUUAAAAUAAGUAUUUUUUA